AUGGAAACAAAGAUAAAAGUGGAAAGGAUUUUCAGAGAGUAUGAUGAAUUAAUAGUAUACACUAAAAGUGUAUUUCUUUUAGAAAGACCAAUUGAUUUAUCUGUAUUGUUUGCAGUUACUUUAUUAGUUACCUAUAAAAUUUAUCAUUCUGAUAUACCUUUUUUCUCACUAUUAUUUCUUUUGAUUGCAAUUUAUUUUCUUUUGCAGUUAUUAUUUUUAAAUUAUAAAAAUAUUUCAAAAUAUAUUCCAACCAACAAAGUUAAAUAUGAUAACACUGAUGUAAUUAGUUUCAUUGUCGAACUAAGAUUAAUAAUUGAUGAGUGCUUCAUUGAAAUUAAAAAAUCAAGAGAUUCAAACCAUAAUAGAUAUUAUUUAAAAUUGGCAAUAAUUGCUUUAUUAUUAAGUAUUGUCACUUUUAUGUUAUCUUUAUCUAUUAUAUUUUAUAUUUUAGCAAUUGUUUCAUUAUUUUUAUUACCAUAUGUUUUAUUUGGUAAAAAGCCAGAAAACACUAAAGGUGCUAAAAACAUGAUCGCUACUUAUAUAGUUUUAUUCGGUAAACCAAGUUUGAAAAUAGUCAAAGUAAUUUUAAGACACACAUAUUACUAUUUAUUCAGUAUCUCAUCUUUAUAUAGUGCUAAAAAUGAACUACAUAAUGAAGCAAAACCAUUUAUGGUAUCCAUAUUCCACGAAGAUUUAGUUUGCUUAGUUGAAAUAACAGGCAGUGGAAGAAUGCAAGAAUAUAGAAUUUCAAGUAAAGGUUUUGAUUUUUCAGAUUUAAAUGAUGGAGAAUAUGUUUUUAAUUUUAUUUUUAAAAAGGGUUUAUCUAAACCAAUUUCUUUAAAGAAAACUAAAAUUUCAAUAAAAAAUGGUGAAUAUAAACCAGAUUUUAUAGAUUUAUCAGCAUCAAUUGUUUCAUUAUCAUUUAAUGCAUAUGAUAAACCAGUUCAAAGCUCAAAAAUUACCGGUACAAUUCUAAUAGAGGGAUCAUGUGGGGCGUGGCAUAUCGAUUCAAUGACAGAUUCAAAGGGUUUUUAUAAGAUUGUCUUACCAAAAAGUAAAGUAGAAGUAAUGGUUAAAGGUAUGGUUGAUGGCAAACCAGUUUGUAUCAAUGAAAGCUAUACUAUUGAAGAAUCAAAACCAGCAUCAAACAUUGAAGAAGCUAAAACAAUUAGAGCCAAAUCAUUCAAUAAAUCAGUUAACGGUAGUGUGUAUGACAUUUAUACAACUGGUAAAAAGACAGUUUAUCUAUGUGAUAUAAGUGGUUCUAUGGCCCUCUCAGUUAAUGGUGUAUCUCAAAUCGAAAAAUUGAAAUCAACUUUAAAAAAGAAAAUUGAAGAAAACAAAAACUCAAUCUCAAUUGCAGCAUGGAACAGAAUUACCGAUUUUUCAAUUGGAAAUGAAUGGUUAAAUAGUGAAACAGAAGUCAAAAAUAAAAACCGUCUCAUAAAUUGGGUUGAUUCUUUACGUCCAAGUGGUGGAAAUAAUAUGGUGCAGGCAAUUUUAUCAGGCAUUUCUCAAUUUAGCGAUGCUGAAGAGUUUGUUGUACUUUGUGAUGGUGAUACAUCACCAUUUGACUUGGCCAGUUGGUCCACUUUUUGCAGAGAUAAUUCAAAAUAUAUAUUUUCUUUUGUUGGUAUUGGUAGUUCCUCAGACGAUGCAAUGAAACAAAUGUCCCAGGUUGGUAAUGGCCAAUAUUCAAGGGUUGAUUAA